UGGGGUCAGUAGAUUUCAUAUGGGGUGUCAUGGCGGCGAUAGAAGAUUAGUAUGUGCCGCUUCGAAUUUUCAAAACGGUAUUUUAAAUGCAAACCUUAUCUAUUCAAUUAAUUAUUUGGGAGUUGUCCCCCGUUGAUCAGUAUACAAAAUCAGCCCUUUAAAGAAGUUAUCUCCCAUUGCAAACAACAUGUGACGUCAUAUUUUCGUCUGCAACAAAAUGGAGAGAUUCGGGACGUCAACACGUCAGGACAUUGACGAUAAAAGACGGAACAUUCACGCCGACAAGACACAAAAGAGUAACACCCAAUCUGCAAAAUUGUUCAAGGAAUAUCUUACCAGUAAAAACCAUGAAGCGGACUUUGAAAGCUUUACAACACAACGUUUGGAUGAAGCGUUGUCUCAUUUCUACCUUGAUGUUAGAAAAAUAGAUGGCUCAAUGUAUAAAACCUCUUCCUUGGAAUCUAUUCGACAUGGCUUAAAUCGUCACCUUAAAGCACCUCCGAACAAUAAGGUAUUUGACAUUAGCAAAGAUACAGCUUUCCGAUAUGCAAAUAUGAGCUUUGACGCUGCGAGGGCCGAACUUAAACAAUCUGGAAAGGGAAACGUACAGCAUUAUCCAAUAAUACAGGAAUCUGACAGGGAGAAGCUAUACAAGUCAGUUUACUUUUCUACACAUACCCCCACAGGACUAUUUAAUAAAGUCCAGUAUGAUAUAAGACUGUACUUUUGUCGACGAGGUGCAGAAAAUAUGCAUACAAUGACCAAGUCAACCUUUGCUCUGAAAACAGACCCAAAUACUGGAAUGAGAUACAUCGAAAAGAUUUUAGAUGAAUUAACCAAAAACCAUAGAGGAAAUGAUAAGGAGACAACGAGUGGAGUCAUGCCAGAAGCUACAGGCUCAAUGUAUUGUCCAGUGGAUUCCUUUAUAAGAUAUACAGACAAACUGCACCCUGAUUGUGAUAGAUUGUGGCAGCGUCCAAGGAUUGUUUUGUUGAUGAUGACAACGAAAUAUGGUAUUACAACGCACCUGUUGGAGAGAAAAAACUAA